AUCUUGAUCGUACUCGGAUGGCGUCGGAAGAAAGUAAAGAUACUAGUUCCGGUGCACCUGCUCAGUCGUCUGAGCCACUGUUGGAUAAUCCAUGUGAAGUUUCACUUAGAAGCAAAGUGCAAGACCGCGUCACUGUGGUCAUCCUUUUUUGUAUAAACUUGCUUAACUACAUGGAUAGGUUUACUAUCGCAGGUAAAAUUAGUUUGACGACAAUAAAUUUUGCAGGAAUACCCAACAUGAUUAGAGAUUACUAUGGUAUCGAUAGUAAACUCCUUGGACUUCUUCAAACGUCGUUCAUUGUUUCCUACAUGUCUCUGAGUCCAGUUUUCGGUUACUUAGGUGAUCGGUGGAAAAGAAAGUAUUUAAUUGUGAUUGGACUGACUCUCUGGUCCGUUGUUACAUUAGCGAGCUCUUUCGUUCCCCCAAAUGUAGAUCUCUUUGCCGAUGACGCCAGGACUCGGGUGCUAGGAUUCUUCUAUUUUGCUGUUCCCGUCGGAAGUGGUCUUGGAUUUGUCAUGGGCUCCUGCAUUGCGCAAUCGCUCAACAGCUGGGCUUGGGCUCUCCGCAUUACUCCAGCGCUGGGCCUCCUCUGUAUUCUGGCCCUUAUAUUCUUCCACCAGGAUCCGCCUCGGGGUCUUUGCACCUGUUUUGCUGGCCUUCUGGGAGUGGUUUUGGGCUCCUUUCUUGGACGAAAGUUGCGGGUCUUUACGCCGGUCGCUGAGCCUUACGUCUGUGGUGGCGGUCUUUUGCUGAGCGCACCCUUCAUCUACGCUAGUUUAUUGUCUCCGAACUUCAACUUCUAUCUUUGCAUGUUUUUCGUCUUCAUCGGACAGCUGCUCAUCUGUAUGAACUGGGCUCUGGUAGCAGAUAUGACAAUGUCUAUUGUCAUUCCGACGCGAAGAGCCACUGCCAGUGCCCUUCAGAUGGUUCUCUCACACAGCCUCGGUGAUGCAAUCAGUCCCUUAAUAAUUGGCGCUGUCUGCCAAUGGUUUAUCCUGGAAGAGGCUGACCCCUGGGUAACGUUCAUUCCUGCUGAGUGCUUCGAAUCUAUUAUGGAUCUUUACGACGCAAGAAACUGUUGCUGCACUGGGAGGCUGUACUAG